GUAUCGUACAGUUAUUGUACACAAACUGCACCUGCCCAGUCUAGAGACGACCGCUAUCUUCUGAAGACGUCGAUGUUUUGGAUUGGCACGAUUGGUCGACAACGAGUCUACAACGUACAUAACAUCUUGAAAUUCUAAUUGUUGUAUUCGUUGUCCCUGUUACUGUUUCUGUUAGGAAAGUUCGAGGCUAAUUAGACUUGAACUUGGUUUGGACUUGGAAGCCUAAUCUGCUAAUUGGAAUUAGUUUUGAUCGAUCCUGCAGCUGACCUACCGUGUUCCGGAUACCACCAUGCGGCUAGUCAUUCUAGAUGAUUACUCCAAAGCAAGUGAAUGGGCUGCCAAAUAUGUCAGGAACAGGAUCUUGGAAUUUAGUCCUACCAAAGACAAGUACUUUGUACUUGGUCUUCCAACAGGUAGCACACCCAUUGGGAUGUACAAGAAGCUGAUUGAGUUUCAUAAGGCUGGUGUUCUCUCCUUCAAAUAUGUCAAGACUUUCAACAUGGAUGAGUAUGUUGGUUUGGAGAGAGACCAUCCAGAGAGCUACCAUUCCUUCAUGUGGGAAAAAUUCUUCAAGCACAUCGACAUCGUACCGGAGAAUGUCCACAUUCCUGACGGCAAUGCAGAGGACCUCGACGAAGAGUGCCGCAAAUACGAGCAAGAGAUCAAGAAGGCUGGAGGCAUUGAACUCUUCAUUGGAGGCAUCGGACCUGAUGGCCACAUAGCCUUCAACGAGCCAGGCUCUAGUUUGGUGUCAAGAACCAGAGUGAAAACACUAGCCCAUGACACCAUCAUUGCCAAUGCUCGUUUCUUUGACAAUGACAUUAGCAAAGUACCCACCAUGGCAUUAACAGUUGGUGUAGGAACAGUUAUGGAAGCUAAUGAGGUAAUGAUCAUCAUCACCGGAGCUCACAAGUCUUACGCUCUCUACAAGGCCAUAGAGGAAGGCGUCAGUCACAUGUGGACGGUCUCUGCCUUCCAGCAGCACCCACGCACCAUCUUUGUUGUCGACGAGGACGCGACCCUUGAACUCCGCGUCAAGACGGUCAAAUACUUCAAGAGCUUGAUGUAUGUUCAUGACAAACUUGUAGAGGAUUCCAAAGAGCUUCCAGAGGUUAAGCGACAGAAGAAAAAGUAGCUUUUAUGACUCUGAAUUUUUCUAUAUACCGGUAUUUGUUUGAAGAAAAGUACAUAUUUUUGUUUUAAAAAAAGUAUAUAUUUUUCUUGCAUAUUUAGGGGACUCUAAAAUUUGUUUGUAUAUGGCCAUGUCCCUUUAUACAUGUACCUAUUAAAAUUUGUUAUUUAGUCUGUAUGUCAACUUUGUUUCAUGUUGUAUCUUUGUUAAAUCUUACUUACUUAUGAUGUUAACCCAACUCCAUGAUCAUUUAUAUCAAUGUUUAAAUUUACUUAUUUAGCCUCUGCGUCAAGUCAGUGCCAUGAAUGUAUAUGUGUGUGCUUACUUCUAAAGCAAAAAUGGCACCGCAUCACACUAUAAUUGACCACUAAAAUUGGCAAUAUGUAUCUUAUCGCCAACUUAAAAGUGACUCUCUGAGUCAUUGAUCAUGUAGAGAGUACCGGUAUGAACCUUGUAUAUUAUGGGGUUGAUGAUGAUUGCUAAUACUUAUUUGCAUAUAUUGGACUUCAUACAUGCGUUUGUAUUUCAUGGUGGUUCUGGCAUACCUGUUGUCCUAAUCAUUCCAUGAAGUUCAUAGCUAUUAUCCAUUUUCUGUUUAAAUAGUCUUGGCUGACAUCUUCCACUUGUUUUGUUUUCAUUGUCAAGUGAUCAUGUCCGACUCUUUGCUUUUCAUCAUUGUAACUAUAAGCCAUGGUUACUUGGGGAUCCUUGCAUGAAAUUUGCAUUGAGAAUCGAAUUCACA